UGAAACGGAAGUAGACAAACCACGUGGGACGGUAAACAAAAUGUCAGGAAGAGAAAUUGUCACGCUUCAAAUUGGUCAUUAUUCUAACUUUAUUGGUGCCCAUUGGUGGAAUCUUCAGGAAUCUACCUUUCUAUAUGAUGCUGGCAGGGAGAAAGGUGAUGAUUGUGUCAAUCAUGAUAUUUUGUUUAGAGAAGGAAUUACCUUUCAGGGAGCUGUGACGUAUACACCACGAUUAGUAGCGAUAGAUUUAAAAGGUAGUUUAAAUACCUUAAAUAGAAGUGGUGGAUUAUAUGAAGAUGGCAGGGAAGACGAAGUCAAGUGGUCUGAAGAUGUUACUUUACAUGAGGCCAUGUCAGGUCCAAAAAAUGAAUAUUUAACAGAUCUAGAAAUGGAGUGUGAGGAAUCUACCUCUAAAAGAAAAUGUGAUUAUUCAAAAGAAAAUGAAGAUGAAGAUCUAUUACGGGAAGGUAAAAAAGCCAAGAGAGAAGCCAAUGAUGAAAUUUUUGGUCCUAAGUUUUAUCAAUUAAAUGAUGACAUAAGAGUAUGGUCUGACUACAUGAGAACAUAUCUACAUCCUAAAUCUAUUCAUAUUAUUAAUGAAUAUAUGCAUGCAGAUGAACAACGUCCAUUUAGUGUUUUUGGAAUGGGACAACAUGUCUUCUCAGAUCCUGAUAUUUUUGAACAAGUUGAAGAUAGAAUCAGAUUUUUUGUUGAAGGUUGCGAUCAACUUCAGGGGUUUCAUAUACUAGCAGACGCAUGUGAUGGAUUUGCUGGAAGUGCCAGCUGUUUUUUACAAUAUUUAGAAGAUGAGUUUCACAGUAAGAGUAGAUUAACGUUUGGUGUUACGCCUCCUACAUUACCAGAUUCAACAGCUUUAGAUAGAUGUAACCGAAUUAUAAACCAUGCGUUAAGUUACGAGAAGAUGUGUGAAUAUAGUUCGUUAUAUAUACCGUUAUCGCUUGCUACAUCUUUAUGGAGGAAGAUUGGAGCACCACAAAAAUUCCCCUAUUUACAAUACAAGCCUGAGUUACAUUAUCAUACUGGUGCUAUAUUAGCGUCUGCUGUUGAUACCAUGACGAUGCCAUAUAGAAGAGAAGAUAACUCUGUUCAUAUUACCGAUAUAACUCAAUCAUUUAGUACACUUGGUAGAAAACUAGCAUCGCUGAGUAGCAGCUUACCUUAUGUAAUGGCUGAAGAUGAACAGACAUUUGCUGAUAGUUUAAUGUUGCUAGGUGAUAAAUCACCAUGGCGAUCUCUAUCACCACACAUUCAUAACUCUGUAUCACCCGAUGUUCAAUCCUGUGUUGUUCGUGGUAUUCCAUCAGACAGAUUAAAAAGUAGAAAGAGUUUAUUAGAUAAAUCAUCAUUAUCUGAUAUAUUACAACAAUAUUUAACAGAUGUAUAUUCUAAUACACAGAAUUCUGGCUGUAUAAUGAAAGAAUCGUGUUGUGUUUCGGCACCGUUUCCACAUAUAUUCACUCCUGAUAUUAACAGACUUGGUUUCUUGUCUUCAAGUCCUAGAUUACCCAAACAAGGUGUUGAGAAGGUUCCAGUCAUGACAUCACUUCAAAGUUCCUCAGAAAUCUCAAAUUUAUUUACUAGUCUUCAUGAAGAGACAUCACGUUUUAAUAUUCGUAAAAAUCACCGUUUUCUUGACGAAGGAUUGGAUGAAGAUGCAUUUAAAGUUGUUUUGGAUAAUUUACAAACUUUAGGGUCCUGUUACCACAAUAAUUGAAGCCAUUUUUAUAUAAAUUAUAUAUAUAAGUU